CCCCAUAGAUAAAUGACACGUCAACGACGUCAGCUUAAUGUGUUGGCUAAUUUAUUAGCUUAUUUAGGAUCUUGUAAAUGAAAAGGUUUUGAUUAUAAUUGUUAUAAAAUUAUUUCUGAAACGUUAUCCGAUCCGUGCCAGAAUGGUGCUUAUAGCCGCAGCAGUAUGUACGAAAGCAGGGAAAACAAUUAUUUCACGUCAAUUUGUUGAGAUGACAAAGGCCAGAAUAGAAGGUUUAUUAGCUGCAUUUCCAAAACUUAUACCAGCUGGAACACAACAUACGUUUGUAGAAACAGAUUCAGUUCGUUAUGUUUAUCAGCCACUUGAAAGGUUAUACAUGGUCCUUAUUACAACUAAAGCAAGCAAUAUUUUGGAGGACUUAGAAACACUACGUCUAUUUGCAAGAGUUAUUUUAGAAUACUGCCGAUCAUUUGAAGAAAGUGAAAUAGUUGAAAAUGCCUUUAAUCUUAUAUUUGCUUUUGAUGAAAUUGUUGCGCUAGGCUACCGGGAAAGUGUAAAUUUAGCUCAAAUUCGAACAUUUGUUGAAAUGGAUUCCCAUGAAGAAAAAGUAUACCAGGCAGUUCGACAGACACAAGAAAGAGAGGCCAAAAAUAAAAUGCGCGAAAAAGCUAAAGAACUACAAAGACAAAGAAUGGAAGCUGCCAAAAAAGGUGGAAAACCAUCAUUUAAUACAAGUGGAGGUUUUGGAAGUUCUACAGUUUACGCACCAACUCCAUCAAUAAUUGGAGAUGUCACUAACAAUUCUAACGAUGUUAAACCUGCUUAUAACAACAUGCAACAAAAACGAACUCCAAUGAAGGCUAUGAAAUUAGGAAACAAAGGAAAAGAUGUGGAAUCAUUUGUAGACCAAUUAAAAUCAGAAGGAGAAAACGUAAUCUCUUCAGUUAAUAAUAAUUCCCAAAUUGGACCUAAGGCAUUAACAAUAAGCCAAGAUAUUGAUAACGUUCAUUUAAAGCAUGAAGACAAACUCAUUGUUCGUUUAGGACGAGAUGGAGGUGUACAGAAAUUCGAAUUAUCCGGACUUAUUACUUUGCAUAUUAGUGAUGAAAAGUAUGGCAAAAUCAGAAUACAACUAGAAAAUAAAGAUACUAGAGGAAUUCAACUUCAAACACACCCAAAUAUUGACAAAGAACUUUUCAAGUUACGUUCUCAGAUUGGCUUGAAACAACCCCACAAACCUUUCCCCUUGAAUACUGGAGUAGGAGUACUUCGGUGGAGAUUGCAAAGUAAUGAAGAAAAUUUAGUGCCUCUAUUAAUUAAUUGUUGGCCGUCAGAAGCCGGCGAUGGAAGUUGUGAUGUUAAUAUUGAAUAUGAACUUGCCCAUACCAACCUUGAAUUAACCGAUGUUAAUAUAACCAUUCCUCUACCUAUUGGGUGUAAUCCAAUUGUUGGAGAAUGUGACGGUAAUUACACUCAUGAAUCCAGACGAAACCAGCUGAUCUGGUCAUUGCCGCUGAUAGACGCAAAUAAUAAGAAUGGAUCUUUGGAAUUUUCUGCUAUGAAAUCAGUACCAAACGAUUUUUUUCCAUUAAAUGUUGUCUUCGGCUCAAAAACUCCAUAUGCUGCUAUAAAGGUCACCGAUGUAAUUUUAGUAGAUGAUGAGUCACCUGUUAAGUUUUCUCUGGAAACAGUAUUGAACCCAGAAAAAUACGAAAUAGUUUAACAUUGUAAUAUACUUAUAGGCGUAACCAUCAAUAUCAUUAUUUUGUAUAAUAACAUUUUAUGUAUUAUUAAGUGUUAAGUUGCUUCUUUUGUGAAUACAAGAGGGAGCUUUAAAAAUUUGUUUAUGUAUUGUCUGAUAGAUAACAGUGACUAUUAGCACUGGGAAAACUUUUACAUAAAAUAAAAAGUAUCAAUCCUAGAUAGUUUA